ACCAAAUCAAUCGCUCCUCAACCCUUAGCUUAUAGAAACAUAUAUAUCUCUCUCUCUCUUUAUAUAUCCACACAUAACAAAAGUUAAUUUUGUGAAGCCAUGUCAGGCGUUUGGGUGUUCAACAAUGGAGUGAUACGUCUAGUGGAGAACCCAAACCAGUCAGGCGGGGUUGCCACUCAUCAGACGCACGGCCGGAGAAAUGUCUUGGUUUACUUGCCGACCGGUGAAGUCGUCUCUUCUUACUCGUCGCUCGAACAAAUCCUAAGGAGCCUCGGGUGGGAGCGAUACUUCAGUGGAGACUCUGAUCUCAUCCAGUACCACAAACGCUCAUCUAUCGACCUCAUCUCCUUACCAAGAGACUUCUCCAAGUUCAACUCCGUUUACAUGUACGACAUCGUCGUCAAGAACCCUAAUACCUUCCACGUCCGUGAUUUCAACUGAAAUGAAUUAAGUGAGUCUCUCGACCAAGAGCUCUUAGUUUCUGUUUGUGUUUGUUGCGACGGGAAGACUCCAGACAUAAACGACUUAUGAUAUCAGUCGGACCAUCUGCGGUGUGAAUGAUUCACGUACAAGUCAAAGAGAAGAUGUGUGCUUUCGAAAAACAAAUUAAAGCGAUGACUAUUGGAUUAUCAUCACUUGAUUAGUCAAUUAGAUUGUGUUUUUUAUUGUUAAUAUGUGUUUAACUGUUGGUUUGGUUUGGUUUUUAACUCGUUCUCCAAGUUUGUUGCAUAUAUGUACAUGCAUGUGUAUGCUUCUUUAUUUUUCAUUUUUGUUUGUUUGUUUGUUUUGUGAGGGCUUGUAUGUACAAUAGUAGUGUUGCAAAAGGUGGCACAUUACUUAAACGUUGUUAAUUUUUUGUUAUUGUUGUAGGCUUGUAGCUUUGUAAUUGUGGUGAUCGAUGUAACUUGUGUUUCUUUUGGCUUAAACCUAUAUUUGAUUAACACCGUUGGUGAGGAAGAGAUCAUCUUCGUUAUAUAUGUAAAUUAAAGUGAA